AACAUUUAGUAUCGCGUUUUUAGAUAAGACUGAGAUAUGCAUAUGCAUACUCUUAUCGAAAGCACAUUUCUGUGAGGGAUUCGAGCUAGUUUUGGGGAUUUGAUCAUGGCAGUCGAGGAGAAGGCUUUCGUCCAAGAUCCGGGUCUUCCUGUUUCUUCCUUCACCGUUACCGCCACUACGGAACUCCCAGACGCUGCUCGUUCAGGUACCCAUGCGAUGAAAACAUGGAGAACGACUGUACCUUCGUCGCUCCCGAAGGUGUUUAUUCAGUGACUGAAGAGCAUAAGCCCUCUGUUCUUGGCCUACAUGCUGCUAAUGCUACACCAAAUGUUCACCUUACGAGGUUGACCACUGUAGUCGUCAAGUUUCCCGGCUCCAAGGGUGCGAACUCACCUCAAGUGCUAUCACAGCUACUGGGCGGGACUAGGGAGAAGGAAUACAAGAAGGAGAAGGGUCUAUCGAAGGAGCGUGAAGAUCUCAGCGGCAGCGUAUCGAGUAGUGAUACACCCGACGAUCCCCCUGGCUCACCAGAUGUUACUGUGUCUCCAGCACCAGAUGCUGUAACAUCGACGCCAAAUCUUCCUCAUGAGCAACACAACACGAUCUUCUCCCAUGCCCCAGCGACCCUUGGAAAGAAGAAGACCAUCGCUCGACCGAAACACAACAUGCGCACCACCUCCUCCACGUUCAUAACCCGACUACAGAAUGUGGAUAAUUUGAACAGGCAUCUACAGUCUAAGCAGGGAGAAACAACGUUCUUGUUUUAUAACUCUGCGAAGACGUUCAUCUGGACUGAGGCUGGUACAAAGCCCAAAGAACCCCUUGCGCGAAUAUACUUCUCGGCAUAUCCUACCUGUCACGAUGUGAAUCUGGCGACCCUAUCCGCAGACCGAAUAGAUGUGAUUGUUGGAUUCAAUACUGGCGACCUCUUGUGGUUUGACCCAAUAUCAUCGCGCUAUGGACGACUGAACAAGCAAGGUCGUAUAUGCAAUUCACCAUGUACGGCCAUUCGUUGGGUCCCGUCAUCUCCCAACCUCUUCUUAGUGUCUCAUGCGGACGGUACAAUGCUUGUCUAUGACAAGGAACGCGAGGAUGGCAUCUUUACACCUCAAGAACCUACUGGUCAGCCUAACUCUGGAAAUUCUGCUUUCGACGCCAGCGUUAUCCCAGGUAUCCCUCCAACGGGUGAAUGGAAUUCAUUCGAUAGCAUAUUUGUCACUAUGCCUCCAUGGCAUCCUGUCACUACGACUGCUGGUGGCGGAAAGGGCGAGAAGGAAAAGGCAGCCAAGAACCCCGUCAGCCACUGGAGGGUAUCCAAGAAGACCAUAAUAGACUUUGUGUUUUCACCUGAUGUGAAGUUUGUGGCCGCAAUUUCUGAGGACGGUUGCCUUCGGGUAAUUGAUGCCAUCGCAGAACAACUAGUUGAUUGCUAUGCGUCAUACUUUGGUGCUCUCACCUGUGUUGCAUGGUCACCAGAUGGACGCUACAUAAUCACUGGUGGUCAAGACGAUCUGGUAACCAUAUACUCCCCUUGGGAACAACGUGUGAUAGCAAGGUGUCAAGGACAUUCGUCAUUUGUCUCAGCAGUCGCAUUUGACGAUAUUCGCUGCGACGGACGGACUUACCGUUUUGGUAGUGUCGGUGAGGAUAAUAAAUUGAUUCUUUGGGACUUCUCCAGUGGUGCUCUGCAUCGACCAAAGAUACAUGCUGCACAUCAUCAACGAAUGUCAAUGACGUCCACUUUGUCGUUAGCGCUUCGACGACGGGGGGAGUCUACUGUCUUCCUGGCUUCAUUAGGGUCUCCAGGAGAUUCACAUUUAACUCAUUACCAUCCGGCCCCCUCUCGUAAUGAGGUCGCUGUUGUUCAGCCUGUUCUGAUUAAGCACAUCGAAGGCGAUCUCUUGACUGAUAUUGCUUUCCUGCCCCGCGGGUUACUCACCGCAACAAGGACAGGACAUGUCAAAUUCUGGAUCAGACCACUACCUACUCAUCCUCGCCACCUGAAGAGCCGCAAUGUCAAUCGUCACAGUAGUACACUCGAUGCUCAAGAUUGGGGUGGUUGAAUCACAAGUCACAUUCGUUCCGCGGUUUACUUCCUAUUAUUUACAUCGCUAUUUGUUUAUGUUUAUUGGGCUUAUAUUGUAUGUUCUCCCUCGCUGUCAGACCACCAAUGCCACUCGACGUGACAGUGGGAACAAACUAACUUAGAACCUGCGAAAGCCACGCGUCUUUUGAUAGCCACUUGCCAGUGUGCACGUACGGGCACCAUAAGCUUGCUUCUACAGCUUGGACAUCCAGGCUGUUUCUAGAUCAUGAGCAAGAGGUGGAGAUUGUUAAAAGCGAUCCUGUGAGUUCACUACGCGUAAUUUAGACUAUGUUCUCAAUCUGUACUUC